AAAUAAUCAUGGAUUAAAACGAUAGAUAUGACAACGAGAAAAUACUAAAAUUGUUGACAGAAGCUAAUCAAUUUUUUGAAUAGAAUAGAGAUUACCCACCUCAUUAGAUAGGAGAAUUUUUGGUUGAAUUUUGCAAACUAUUCAAACAAUUGGGAAAAUUGUUAUAUUUUGCAUUUUCAGAUGUUAUUGAAAAAGCCUAAAUUAUUAAAGAUAGAGGAAAUGAAUACAAUGAAUAAACUAAAGGAAUCUAUGGAGUUAUAUAGAUAGAGAAGUCAAAAGGAUUAAUGGAAUUAAACGGAGAGAAUAAUAAAGAGAUCUUAAAAAAUAAGGUAACGAUAACCAAUUCAUUUAUUCAUAGACUUUAGUUAACUACUAAUCUAUGGCAAGAACAAUUUUGAGAAUAAUAAGAUUCUUUAAUUACUUGAAAAUAAUGUUUUUAGAUGUUGAUACAAACAGAAAUAAAAAGUUUUCAGAUAUUUGUUCUGAUGCAUACAAUGAAGCUUUGGCACCUUAUCAUACGUAUAACUCAUUACAUAUUUCUAGAUUCAUGGUAAGGAAUGCUGCCAAGGCUGCUUGGUUGGCUGCUCCAAGUAGAACUAAAGUAUUUGAAACUUUUGUUGGACCCAAUCAAACUGAUGAAGCUGCUUAUGCAGCAAUCAAAAAAUUUGUCAAUGCUCUUGAACCAAUCAGACUCAACUUUUGGGAUUAUUAUAAUACAAACAAAUUAACAAAUCUUCCAUGAAAUAUCAUAUGCAUAAAAUUAAUCAUAUUUUCUAAUUUAUAAAAAUAUAGGUAAUUAUUUCCAACUAUUAGUUAUAUAAUUUUAAAUGGUCCAAAUUUAUCCACUAAGAGAAGAACCUUUGUAAAAUGCACCUAAACUUUCUUAUUUAAAUGCCUUGAUUGCACAACCCAUCAAUUCAUUAUACACUUUAUGACCGGCACUU